CCCCGCCCGGCGCGCCCGCUCGAGUCACGUGACCGCCGCAUCCGGGUCCUUUGCGUUCUCGCUCCCUCUCCCAACAUGGCGGCCUCAGCAAAAAAGAAGAAUAAGAAGGGAAAGACUAUCUCCCUAACAGACUUUCUGGCCGAGGAUGGCGGUACUGGUGGAGGAAGUACCUAUGUCCCCAAACCAGUCAGCUGGGCUGAUGAAACCGACGACCUGGAAGGAGAUGUUUCAACUACUUGGCACAGUAACGACGACGACGUGUACAGGGCGCCUCCAAUCGACCGUUCCAUCCUGCCCACUGCUCCACGGGCUGCUCGGGAACCCAAUAUCGACCGGAGCCGUCUUCCCAGGUCUCCACCCUACACGGCUUUUCUGGGGAACUUACCCUACGAUGUGACAGAAGAGUCCAUCAAAGAAUUCUUUAGAGGAUUGAAUAUCAGUGCGGUGCGUUUGCCACGUGAGCUCGGCAAUCCAGAGAGGUUGAAAGGUUUUGGUUACGCGGAGUUUGAAGACCUGGAUUCCUUGCUCAGUGCCCUGAGCCUCAAUGAAGAGUCUUUAGGUAACAGGAGAAUUCGAGUGGAUGUCGCUGAUCAAGCACAGGAUAAAGAUCGGGAUGAUCGCUCUUUUGGCCGAGAUAGAAAUCGGGACUCUGACAAGACAGACACAGACUGGAGGGCCCGUCCCGCUACAGACAGCUUUGAUGAUUACCCACCUAGAAGAGGCGACGACAGCUUUGGAGAUAAGUAUCGAGACCGUUACGAUUCAGACCGAUACCGGGAUGGUUACCGGGAUGGGUAUCGGGAUGGCCCACGCCGGGAUAUGGAUCGCUACGGGGGCCGAGAUCGCUACGAUGACCGAGGCGGCAGAGACUACGACAGAGGCUACGAUUCCAGGAUUGGCAGUGGCAGAAGAGCUUUUGGUAGUGGGUACCGUAGGGAUGAUGACUACAGAGGGGGUGGGGACCGCUAUGAAGACAGAUACGAGAGACGAGACGAUCGGUCGUGGGGCUCCAGGGAUGACUACUCCCGGGAUGACUACCGGCGUGAUGAUAGAGGUCCGCCCCAGAGACCCAAGCUGAAUCUGAAGCCCCGGAGUACUCCUAAGGAAGACGAUUCCUCUGCCAGCACCUCCCAGUCCAGUCGCGCAGCCUCUAUCUUCGGGGGGGCGAAGCCUGUGGACACGGCUGCCAGAGAGCGAGAGGUCGAAGAGCGGCUGCAGAAGGAGCAGGAGAAGUUGCAGCGGCAGCUGGAUGAGCCAAAGCUGGAGCGGCGGCCUCGGGAGCGACACCCAAGCUGGAGAAGUGAAGAAACUCAGGAACGGGAACGGUCAAGGACAGGAAGUGAGUCAUCACAGACUGGAACCUCAGCCACAUCUGGCAGAAGUAAGUCAGAUCAGGAUGCACGGAGGAGAGAGAGUGAGAAAUCUCUAGAAAACGAAAGCGUCAGUAAGGAGGAAGAUUGCCACUCUCCAACAUCUAAACCUCCCAAACCUGAACAGCCUCUAAAGGUAAUGCCAGCCCCUCCGCCAAAGGAGAACGCUUGGGUGAAGCGAAGUUCUAACCCUCCUGCUCGAUCUCCGAGCUCAGACCCAGAGCAGCAGUCCCCGACAAGUGGAGGGGGUCAAGUUGUUCCGGCUCAGCCAUCUGAAGAAGGACCAGCAAGGAAAGCAGAUGAAAAUAAUAAAGUAGAUGGUGUGAGCGUCCCAAAAGGCCAAAGUGGCAAUUCCAGCCGAGGUCCAGCAGAAGGAGGGCACAAGGACCACUGGAAGGAGACCGAUAGGAAAGAUGGCAAGAAGGAUCAAGACUCCCGAUCUGCACCUGAGCCAAAGAAACCUGAAGAAAAUCCAGCCUCUAAGUUCAGCUCCGCCAGCAAGUAUGCUGCUCUCUCUGUGGAUGGCGAAGAUGAGAACGAAGGCGAUUACACCGAAUAGAUCUCUACAUCCUGUGCUUUCUCCUCUCUCUCCACCCUGGAACAUUCGAGAGCAAAUCAAACCUACCCAGACGAGACAAAAUAAAACUCACCAUCUCCUGGA